UUCCACAACCCCUUCAGGCCAGUUUUUUGAGACAGGUUCUCCUAAAUUGCCUAAGCUGGGCUCAAAAUUGAGAUCUUCUCAGCCUUCUGAGUAACUGGGAUGGCAACAUGAACUGCCACCCACCUAGCUUGACAGAAGGAAGCUUUAGGGCAGAGCAGGAAGGCCAGGCACAGGGAGGCCUGGGGGAGGGGGUCUGGUGGCAGCAAGCUCAGGGGGAGGGGUCACCUUAUCUCCUGCUUGGGAGCUGUGGUAAGAGAUCCAGUUGCAGUGCUUUGUGGCUGAAAGGGGAGCCCACUCCGCAGCCCAGCCGCCACCUACCUCCUGUUGCCUGGCCUAUGCGGGCAGUAAUGCGAGCCCAGAGCAGGAGCUCCAGGGUGCCCCGGGGCCCUGCCCCCUGUUCCGGCCACCUUCUGGCUGGGCAUAACUGCCCAGAGGAACAGAUGCAGGUAAGAGCAGCUGCGGCUCCGGCUGGCUGGGUGGAGGGGGCAGCACUAGCAGGAGGCUGUGGGUGGUAAGGGAGUCACGGCCGGCCAUCAGGACAUUGCCCAGACCUGUGUCUUUUCGCCCUCAGCUGCCCCCCAAAUGCGCAGUUGUCUACAGCCCAUGGCCUGGUUCCUGGACUUCCGGGCCAGCACCCACCCAUGCUGCAUGUUGCAGUGGUAGGGAAUGUGGGCUGUGACCUGGGCCACUGUCCCCAACCACCUUCCUGCCCAGGAUGUUGCAAUCUGAGGGGUCCUGUGCCCUGGAGGAGGGGGCGGCCCCCGCAGCUUGGCGGAACGACUGCAUCAUCUGCUGCUCAGCCUACGACCUCAGUGGGCACCUGCCCCGCCGCCUCUACUGCGGCCACACCUUCUGCCAGGCAUGUGUGCGACAGCUGGACGCUCUGGCCCACGAGCAGCGCUGGAUCCCCUGCCCACAGUGCCGCCAGAGCACACCCACGCCACGUGGAGGGGUGGCCAUGCUGGACCUAGACCUGGCUGCCUUCCUGGCUGUCAAGGCUGAGCGGGAGCCAGCAAGAGCAGAUCCCCGGGUCCCUGCACCCCUCAAGGUCGAGGCUGCAGUCACACAGCAGCCGGCUGGGCUCUACCCCACCCUGGGCAGCCAGCCCCGCUUCCCCCGGCCUCAACACUGUUGCUGCUGUGGUUGUGGCAGUUUGUGCUGGGGACUCCCCAGCAGCCCCGAGGCCUGAGGCCUGACCACCCUUGCAGGAAGACUGCUGCCCAGGAUUUGCCACUGGGAAUCAUAGCCACACACGUCCACCUAGAGCCCUCAGCAGCUCACCA